GGGAAGCCUAGCCGAAAGGGAGGGGUGGGGGUGCGAGGCUGCUGCAGCCGUUGCAGCCGCUGCGUCAGGCCAGGUGUGCUGGAGUGGGAAGCUGAAGGGCUAGUGUAGCUGCUGACUCUGCGGGCGCGAUGCAGGCCGAGAAGCUGAAGCAUCGCCCUUUCUGCUUUAGCGUGAAAGGCCACGUGAAGAUACUGCGGCUGGCAGUCACUGUUACAUCUAUGACCUUUUUUAUCAUCUCACAAGCCCCCGAACCAUACAUUGUUAUCACUGGAUUCGAAGUCACUGUGAUGUUCUUUUUCAUACUUUUAUACAUGCUCAGACUUGAUCGGUUAAUGGACUGUAUGUUUUGGCCUUUGCUUGAUAUCAUCAACUCAUUAGUGACAGCAAUAUUCAUGAUGAUCAUAUCGGUGUUGGCACUGUUACCAGAAACCACAACAUACAUACUCCUUGGAGGGGUGUUCGGACUCCUGACCGUGGUGUGCUCCAUUGCCGACGCGGUUCUUAUUUACAGGAAGCUUCUAUUUAAUCCAAGUGGUCCUUAUCAGAAAAAAGCAGUUCAUGAAAAAAUAUAAGUUUUGUACUUUCAUAUUCCUUUUUCAUAUUAAACCCAUCUCUUUGUUCUCCCACGUGGC